AGAUAUAAUAGCCAACUUUCAUUAAUGAGGCGAGAUUUGAGAAAUUGUAAAACACGGAUGGCUGAUCAACAGAAACAAAUUCUUGAGUAUGCCAGUCGUUUAGAUGAAACAGAUAAAAAAAAUGAAGAAACGUCACGUAAAUUUAGCACUUUGUUACAGGAAUUGAACAAGUGCAAAACAGAAUUACAGUAUUGGCGUUCCAAAUCUCCUGCAAACCCAUUAGUAUGUACCUGUGGAAAAGUCUUAUCACCAGUGCCAAGUGAAGACCUUCAGGCGCUGAUCAACCAGGGAGUUGUUUCUGAAAGUCUGGGCAUGGGCUCGGAGGAAAGUGAAGGUGCCUUACUUACUGGCAGCUGUGAAAUACUGCCGGUAGCCAGCACCAGCGGAGAACAGGAAGUAAAUUCUGAACAGAGUGCAGGUGGAUCGCAAGAGAGCUGUUCAGGCAAUGUGUGGAACCAGGAUGGUUGUCAAGCUCAAACGAGAACUGACUGUCAUGUUCCAGCUUCCAAGAAUGAAAAAGAUAUUCAACCUAUGUCACCACAGCCAUGUAGUUCCAACAAGCCUUGUGGUUCAAAGCGUAAAGGAGCUGAAGAGUUAAUUAUUUGUCAUGAAUCAAAGAAGACACGUCGAAGCAAAAGGUCAAAAGUGUAAUGUUUUUUCUUCAUUUUUAUUGAUUGAAUUAGGAUCAAAAUAAAUUUACUACACUUCUUAGA